AUACUAGUUCCUAAAACUGGCGGAUUUGUGUGAAAACGUUUACAGAUUUGUUAAACUCCGUAAACAACUAAAUUUCUGGAAAAAUGUUAAUACUGUCUUUCGUUUUUCUAGUCCUUCAACCCGUGAUUCAUGGGAAUAGUAGGGUGCUUGAAUUCCACACUCCUGAAGAACUCAGAGAUUUCGAAGCCUUUGUCUGGUUUGAAGAAUCACGAAUACAAUCACAGUCCCAAGAGUUUACCGACUACUACAGACGGGAUAAGGGGGAAGCAUCUUACAGAAACGUAAACCUGACAAUGCUAAACCUAGGACAUGAAGGGCUAAAACCAAGGCUUAUGCAGACUUCAACCGGCUCGCCCUAUUCCCAAUACAAGCUUAGAAUAUACAAAAAAUAAUGUGGUCUGGACUUGGCUUUCGCGACAACAAAAUGAAAAAAUUUAAACAAUAUGUCAUCAAUCAUAUAUCUAUAUAUUUGUAUCAAUUGAUAUUUAUUUAGCAAUAAAACAUGAAAAAAUAAGAUUUAUCUAACUAAUACAUGCUUUACUAUCAAGGGGUGUAAACGCAAGUUUGUCCCAGGGGGUUCAGCCCCCCUCCCCCCGUUAGGAUUGACACACCCUUAGAAGUUUGAGUUAUCACUUCUGCAUGGAAGAGAGGGGCAUUGUACCCAUUUUAAUUCUUAAAAGGACUGUAAAGGAAAAAUGA